AUGGCCGGCCACGUAAAUAUGAUGGACGACUGUCUGAUAUCCAACUUACCGCCCGCUACUCUGAGAUCAGCACUUCGCCUCCUCGUCUCACAGGGAUCUAGUACACAACGACCCUUCGUUGAGCAUAUCCGCGCCAAAUUCCGUGAAAGUCCACCCAUCUUCGACCCCCCCGAGAAGUUAUUCUCCGGAGAUGAUGUCGUUACCCCUGAGUGCUUGGCGUACCUUGCGCAGACGAGGUGCAUCUUUUCAUGCAAGCUAGCCCAAGAAUCGCUUCCAUACUUAGAACAUUUCAUGAAGGCCAUUCCACAGACGGGAGUUAGGUGGACCGACCCAGGCGCCCUGACCCAAACGCUGCAAAAGUUCGACGGCGACAUCGUCCAAGCCGUCCAAGCGCUCAAAGAAUCGCGUCCGGAGCCGACCGCGGCCCUACUAACCUCGCUCCAGAACCUGCUCUCCAGCAUCGAACAUUGCUCCACUUACUGCCUCGCCGCGCGCCCCUCGUCCCUGGCCUUUCCGUUCCUGCGCGCGCGCCGGCAGCUGCGGGACGUGUUGCGCAUCCUGUUUCCGGAGCACGCGGAUGGGCAGCCGGACGGCGCGGCGGGUUCGCGAGGUCUGGAAGUCGGCGUGGAUGUGCAUGUGCAUGUAGAUGGGAGCACGGUGGAGACGUUCCAGCUAGGCCCUUUCCGCGUGCCGAGGCUGUUCAACGGCUUGUGGCAGGUGUCCUCGCCGUCGUGGGGGUCCGCCGGCGGCGCGACGCAGGAGCGGGCGCUUUUAAGGGCCGUCGGGUGCGGGUUGACGGCGGCGGAUAUGGCGGAUCAUUAUGGCGACGCGGAGUUGAUAUACGGCGAUUUUAGGAAUUCGCUGCGGCCUGAAGUCCGAGAUACGGUGUAUGCGGCGACUAAAUGGUGCAUAUUCUUGCCGAUUUCUACUCCCAUAACAACGUCGUUCGUACUCGACGCUGUACGUGAACGGUACCGACGGCUAGGAGGACGAGUCGAGCUCCUCCAGUUCCAUUGGCAGGACUACGAAUCCAAACAGUACCUUGACAUCCUCGUCGAACUAGUCCGCAUCACGAAACUGCACCCGGAACUCGUGACCUCGAUCGGGCUCUGCAAUUUCGACUCCGAGCACACGGAGGAGUGCUGCGAGUAUCUAAUUGCCAAGACGGGGGAGGUUGGAAUUGUGUCGAACCAGGUGCAGUUCUCGCUCGUAGACGCGCGCCCGCUGCACAAGAUGGUGCACGUAUGUGAGAAGUACGGGUUGAAGCUACUCACAUACGGCUCAUUCUGCGGAGGCUUCCUAUCCUCCCAAUGGCUCAACCAGCCCGCCCCCGAAACAUACCUCGAAUCGAACCAGCUCACCCCUUCUCAGCGCAAGUACUUCGACACAAUCCUCCUCUGGGCCCCCUGGCCGACCUUCCAAACCCUCCUCACAACCCUCUCCCUCAUCGCGCAAAAACACGCCGUAAGCAUCCCCAACGUAGCCGCGCGCUGGGUGCUCCAGCAACCCCGCGUCGGCGCCGUGAUCGUCGGCACGCGGCUAGGCGUGUCGGACCGCGCGCCCGACAACCUGGGCGUCUUCCGGUUCGCGCUCGACGGGGACGACGUAGCUGCCAUCAACGCGGUGGCGCUCGGCGCGAGGGGGGAGAGGAGCGCGGCGGUGUACGAGAGGUUGGGGGAUUGUGGGGGGGAGUAUCGGGGAUUGCGUUGAGAGCAUCUACCUAAUACCUCAUUUCUCAUUUCGGCCCUACCAUUUAAGGGUUUAGGUAGAGGUUAAUCUAUUACUUACUUACCUAUUUUAUAUAUAUUUUAACGUCUUCAAUCUCUACUACAUGGCAAUUCCAUCACAAGCAAAUCAUCCAUCAACUUCUGUCAAACGAGCGU